CAGAAGCUAGGCGGAAGCCAUUACGGCUUCGUGAAACCAAAGCCUCGCGGAUUGCGUCCUGUGGCAGCACUUUCAGUAAACCCGCCGCACACGGGCCAGUGGCUUUCACUACUGGGUCCGUCUUGGGCACCCACCGAUCCUUCGCAUCUGGACAAAACUCAGUAAACCAUGGAUAAUCCGGUUCUUAUUAUCUAAAAGCCAAGGACUAAAAGCCGUGCGGUGGGCACCUUGUUGCUUGUUGGCAUGGUGAUGAGCUCACCCGGGCACGUCUGGGGUACUGACACGCUGCUCUUGAUCGCUCACUCUUGGUCAACGGAAUUGGCAUGAAUCACACCGCUCGCAUUGACGAAAGGCCACAUAAGGGCACGGCAAAAUCUCCUGCGCAUGCCUGCCUUCACUCUCCCCAGCGGGGCCGUCUUUAGCUACACCAACGGCGGGAUUCCCUCGUCCAACAAGACUAAUUAUGUUACGCUGGUGCUCAUUCAU